AAGGCGCUGCUGCGCCUCGUGUCUGCCGUCAACCGCAGGAGGAUGAAGCUGCUGCUGGGCAUCGCGCUGCUUGCCUACGUCGCCUGUGACUGUUUGGGGCAACUUCGUUAAUAUGAGUUUUGUAGCUUUCUACUCAACAGGUCUAUCCAGGAAAACGGUGAAAUAAAAAUUGAAAAGAAGAUUGAAGAGAUUGUUGAGCCACUUAGAGAGAAAAUAAGAGAUUUGGAAAAAAGCUUAAAGUUCCCUUCACAUUUCUUGUAAGGCUGGAUUAGCUUUGAUGAUCUCCUUUAGUUUUUCUUUUGGUCUGGAGCCCUGUCUGCAGUUCUGAAGGGUAACCUUGCCAGAUCGGUGAGCAUCAGUGACAGAUGAGCCUGAGUUAUGUUUGGUUAGAAAGUCAAGCACAUGACUUAGUGGUGGAAGUUGCUGGAGCUCUGGCUGGUUUUAUUUUUCUGACUGGCUACGUGAUAAGAAUGACCAAAGCACCAUCUCAACACUGGCAAGACGAGAAUGUGACUGGGAGUGAUGUUGUCUUGACGUGCUUGUCACUCUGAGCAAAGUGGCCCCCAAGAAAUGUUUUUGAAAGCUUCACCCAGAAAUACCCGCCAGUAAAAUUUUUGUCAGAAAAGGAUCGUAAAAGAAUUUUGGGAUGUUCCACACACGGCCCCGAUGCAGAUAACUGGAGGAGCGGGGUUCGUGGGCUCCCACCUCACUGACAAGCUCAUGAUGGAUGGCCACGAGGUGACUGUGGUGGACAACUUCUUCACCGGCAGGAAGAGAAACGUGGAGCACUGGAUCGGCCAUGAGAACUUCGAGCUGAUCAACCAUGAUGUGGUGGAGCCCCUCUACAUCGAAGUUGACCAGAUAUACCAUCUGGCCUCUCCGGCCUCCCCUCCAAACUACAUGUACAACCCCAUCAAGACACUGAAGACCAACACGAUCGGGACGUUAAACAUGCUGGGGCUGGCAAAGCGAGUUGGCGCUCGUCUGCUCCUGGCCUCCACCUCGGAGGUGUAUGGAGAUCCUGAAGUCCACCCUCAGAGUGAGGGUUACUGGGGCCACGUGAACCCCAUCGGCCCCCGAGCCUGCUACGACGAGGGCAAACGGGUGGCAGAGACCAUGUGCUACGCCUACAUGAAGCAGGAAGGUGUGGAAGUCCGAGUGGCGCGGAUCUUCAACACGUUCGGGCCGCGCAUGCACAUGAACGACGGGCGGGUCGUCAGCAACUUCAUCCUGCAGGCGCUGCAGGGGGAGCCGCUCACGGUGUACGGAUCUGGGUCGCAGACCAGGGCCUUUCAGUAUGUCAGUGACCUGGUGAACGGCCUGGUGGCGCUCAUGAACAGCAACGUCAGCAGCCCCGUCAACCUGGGGAACCCGGAAGAACACACAAUCCUAGAAUUUGCUCAGUUAAUUAAAAGCCUUGUUGGUAGUGGAAGUGAAAUCCAGUUUCUCUCUGAAGCUCAGGAUGACCCACAGAAAAGAAAACCAGACAUCAAAAAAGCGAAGCUGAUGCUCGGAUGGGAGCCCGUGGUCCCGCUGGAAGAGGGUUUAAACAAAGCGAUUCACUACUUCCGGAAAGAACUGGAGUACCAGGCAAAUAAUCAGUACAUCCCCAAACCGAAGCCUGCGAGAAUCAAAAAGGGACGGACGCGCCAUAACUGAAAGCUCAUUCUCGGGACCAAGGCUCCCUGUUUCACACUGAUGGGAUGUGUUUCUUCUUUGUUUUUUCUCAGAGAGAGACUUAAACAGGUGUCAUGAAGAACAAACUGGAAUUUUAUUCUGAAGCUUGCUUUAAAGAAAUGGAUGUGCCUAAAGACUCCCUUCAAGAAACUGCAAAUUUUGCCUUGCACUUUUUAAAUCUGUUUUUUUAAUGUAAAAUAGCAUAGACGCAUCUCUGCGUGAUUCAAGUUUUUUAUCUUGCUGUGAGAGCAAAUGUCGUGACUGUCGUUGACAGUUUUAUUUACUGGUUUCUUUGUGAAGCUGAAAAGGAACAGAACCUGGGCUGAAGAUGCCGACCUUAUUUAUAGCAGCGGUGCCCGUCCUGAGACGCGAACUCCGCCUGCAGAGGAGAAUGGCCGAGCAGUGGUCCAGGCGGUGGCGCGCCGGCAUUCAUUCUUCAGUGGAUGAAAGAGUUCUGUCUGAGAGCUUUAUGUUUCUUUUCAUUCAGAAUUUUUCCAAGGUCCAGGUUUUAGUUGCAAACUUGACUUUGAACUGUUUCUGUCAGUUUUCAUGAUCAUGAUAUUUGAAAUCACUACUGUGUUG